UCGUGGACUUUCCCCGCUUCCCUCACCGGGGACUGUUGCUGGACACCUCUCGUCAUUACCUGCCUCUGAGGGCCAUCCUGGAAACUCUGGACGUCAUGGCUUACAACAAGUUCAACGUGUUUCACUGGCACAUUGUGGACGACCCAUCUUUCCCCUUUGAGAGCCAGACCUUCCCAGAGCUCAGCAAGCAGGGAGCCUUCAGUGCCAUGACCCACGUGUACACAGCCAGCGACGUGCAGACGGUGAUCGAGCAUGCCCGGCUGCGCGGCAUCAGGGUGGUUGUGGAGUUUGACACCCCUGGGCACACCCUCUCCUGGGGUCCAGGUGCUCCAGGCCUUCUCACUCCCUGCUACUUGGGCGAGCAUCCUUCUGGGACCUAUGGGCCCAUCAACCCCAUCCUUAACAGCACCUACCAGUUUGUGACCAGCUUGUUUAAAGAGGUCAGCGUUGUGUUCCCAGACUUCUUCCUUCACCUGGGUGGUGAUGAGGUGGACUUCACGUGCUGGAAAUCCAAUCCAAAAAUUCUUGCCUUCAUGAAGGAGAUGGGCUUUGGUGAAGAUUACAGAAAGUUAGAGUCAUUCUACAUUCAGAGGCUUCUGGACAUCGUCUCUUCCCUCGGCAAAGGUUCUGUCGUGUGGCAGGAGGUGUUUGACAACGCAGUGAAGGUGAGGCCAGACACCAUCAUCCAUGUGUGGAAGGAGGGCUCCCCGCCAUACAUGGAGGAGAUGGCCAAUGUCACCAAGGCUGGCUUCAGGGCUCUGCUCUCUGCCCCCUGGUACCUUAACCGCAUCACCUACGGGCAGGACUGGAUGGCAGCCUACCAGGUGGAGCCCUUGGACUUUGAAGGCAGCCCUGAGCAGAAGAAGCUGGUGAUUGGUGGAGAGGCCUGCAUGUGGGGUGAAUAUGUGGACGUCACGAACCUGGCCCCCAGGCUCUGGCCAAGAGCUGGAGCUGUAGCCGAGAGGCUGUGGAGCAACGCGACCGUCAGGGACCUGCAGGACGCCUUCGCGCGGCUGGCCGACUUCCGCUGCACGCUCCUGGGGCGGGGUGUCCAGGCACAGCCUCUCUACGUGGGAUACUGUGACCACGAAUUCGGCGCAUUCUGAAGGGUCACUGCACACAGGAGGGAUGAUCCCUCUCUCUCAAAAGCUGCUGUUUUGGCAGAGAGGACCCUUUCCCACCCCAGCUUCUCCUCUUCCUUUUUUGCAAUGAACUUCUUUUUUUUCUCCCUAAUGUGCACUCUUUGGCUCUUUUUCUAUUUCUUUAAAUCUAUAAAUAAAUGACCCCAAAGAGGAAAAAAAAGGCACCUUUUCAUGCUCAGCUGGGGCUUGGGAAGACCAUGCAAGGGGUUUUGUUAGCAGGAGAUGGGUAGGACUUGCUCCAGAGAUGCUGGUGGAGGAGCAUCAUCCUGGUGGCUCUGAACCUUGCUGGAUAAAUUGUUUUUAGUCUCUGCUACUACCAGACUCUGUCCCUGCAGAGAGAAGGUGAUGAGGAGGUCUGGGCUUCCCCAGUCUUCUUGACCACCCACACCAUCUGCAUCUGUACCAGGACAGGUCACCCUCUCUGCUGCUUGAAAGCCUCUCUGCUGCCACCUCCUCCUCUGGCUUCUCCUCCUAAGAAGAAGACACCCUGAAGCGUCUCCAAGGAGACCUCAAACCCACAAGCAGAACACAGAUGUUACGGAACUUCUGCUCAGGAUUUGGCCAACUGAUCCCUCCUUCCCCUGCUCUGUGUGGAGCUCAGCUCCAGGUCUCCUGCAUCCAGAGGGACUGGAUUUGAAUAUUGUUUUCCUUGGAGAAGGGCCCAGUGGUGCUGCUGUCCUGCAGAGCUGGGACAGUCAUGGUUCUUAUCCUUGGCCGUUGGGAUUGGAAACCCUGUCCAGAUGGAAUGGGGGGAUUUCUCAGGAAGAAAUUCUUGCUGAGUGGACUGUUGGACAUGUGUCUUGGUCUUCAAUGAGGGAGAUCUGCUGUUAAGGCUGGAAACCUUUUACUAUUUAAAAUUAAAAGGCGGAAUUAAUUUUGAAUUGAAAAUACUCAGAAA